AUGAUUUCUAUAUCAGGUGUCUCUCCAUGUCUUCUUCGUUAUAAAGAACGUCGUGAUUGUCAAGAUAUUGAAGAAAGAAUUUCGCAUGUUACAGAUCCUAAACGAAUAAUCAUUGAUUUAUAUAAUAGUGUCAAAGAAGGUGGUUUUGUUCGAGAUUGGAUCGUUGGAAAAUAUACAACACGACCAGCUGUUGCAAAUCCAAAGCAUUGGAUCGAAUAUAAACCAAAUCGUUACAAUGAAAAUAUUCCUUAUAUGAAAAAAGAAGUUGUUCCAACUGAUUUGGAUUGCCAUUUACCAACAUACGGUUAUUUUGAUAUUGAGACAUUUCAAGAUGAACUUCAUAAAUUUGGUAUUAAGUGCAACAAUUAUCGAGAAGAAUGGAGAUAUAUUUUAUUAAUUGAUGAGAAUACUCGAACAGGACCAUUAACUAUGGAUUUAAUUGAGUCACAUGUUGCAUUAACACAUGAUCUUAUUGAUUUUGAUGUUAGUAAUUUGGUAUUAGAAAAAAAAUAUACAUAUGACUUGGGAAUGCGUAUUGAUAUUCUACAAAAACCUUAUUCAAUUGAACUUGAAACAAUUGUUCACAAUAUCGAAAAUAAAGAGUUUUAUGUUCUUCAUACUAUUGACGAUAGGCUCACUGAACGUAUUGAAAAAUGA